AUGCCGUCGGCCUUCCACGACCCGUACGACGCCGACACGCUGCCAGAGUACCCGCCGCAUGACGCUGGGCGAGCCGGAACAACCGCAGCUCGCCGUGGCGCAGACUCGAAAGGGGACGACGAGGCGGCAAGACUCGUCAAAGGUGGACGGCGCGAGGGCGAACCUGUCCCGCUCGAGGUCGACGGAUUCGCCUACGAGCUCGGUCGUGUGCAUCACGACGUCGACACGUUCCACGACGCCGUCGCUCGGCUCACGGCGCUCAAAGCCCAGGUCCUCGCGCUCGAGCCCGAGGACUCGACGCUCGUCGCGCAGUCGCUUCUCGCGAGCCUCGCCGUCCAGACGGCCGACUCGUCGCAGCUCUUCAAGCAGCUCCCGCAGCAGAUCAAAACGUUCGGCGACAAGCUGCCGUUCCUCAAGCCCGGCGCCGGCCGUUUCCUCGUCACGAGCGCCGAGUCGAUGCCGCUCCAAAGCGAGCUCGCGGCAUGCGCCACGACGCUCCGCUCGGCCGUGCACGAGGUCCACAAGCUCGCCGACGUCGAGGAAAAGGAGAAGCAGUCGGCCCGGGUCCGCCUCCUCAAGACGAUCAAGGCGCAGAUGGGUCUGAGCGGCGACGACUCGCUCGUCAUGGCGGCGCUGCUCACAGCGGAGCGAGAAGGGUCGUCUCACUUUGCCGAGCAGCUCAAGGCUGGCUCGCCAAGCUGGCGGUGGGCCGUCGAGCGGCCGUUCUCCCGACUUGGCGCCGACAUCGGCAGAGCGGGCGACCUCUCUUUCCUCGACCGCCUCGAGGCUGUCCCUCCUCCCUCUUCUUCCUCCUGGCUCAAUCCUCUCGUAUACCUCCCUCUCGGUCUCGCCCGCAAAGGAGCUCCCGGCGUCGGCGUCGUCGACGGCGCACGGCCCCCUAGCGCGCCGCCGACCUACUCGCCUUUCGCGCUCCGCAGCGGCGAGCGAGCCGGCUUCUCGCCUCUCGUCGACGCCGACGAGGAGGACCGCCUCGGGUCGUACGGCGAGCGCCUGGACGAGCCGCCGAGGGCGGCCGCGCCGACCAAGUGGGCUCGAGUCGCGCUCGGCGUCGUCGUGCUCGCGGUCCUGCUCGGCAGCGCGGUCGCCUUGACGCUGUGGACGAGGCAUGUCGACGAGUACGACGUGUCGCAGGACUCGAUGGCGGCGGGACUGGGAGGGCUCGCGUAG